AGUACUCAUAAGAACAUAAUCAUCUUUUAACGAUCCGCCGUGGUUUUUGUGCUGUAACCAUUCCCUUGAUUUUGAUAACUUUUGGAACCACUCAUUCUGCAACGGUACCACUGUCCUUGGCAAUAAUUCGUCGUUUCUCGUUCGCACUAAAGUUUUGUGCUCUUCAUUAGUAUCUCCUUUAUACGCGUUUAAACCACACAAUGGCGACUAUGGAAUUGAUGUCGAAGCCUAUUAUCGAAACCGAUUUUCUGCUCAAAGUCCCGGAAACGAAAAGAUUUGAUGUUCGAGUUUCAGUCAAUCAUCAACAAUUAAAAAACCUUAUAUCAACACAACCCACCGGGGAGCCAUCAGACCCCGUGUAUUUUACAAACAGCUACUUUAUCUGGAGCCUAUAUCCUCAUUCUGGAGCAAUUAAGCAAAUUGGCGGCAUGUUGAAGUACAAGCCGCUAUGUUUACUAGGGUCUUGCGGAUACGUCGUUUCUGGCGGACCGCUAAAUGGCCAGGUCGAUUUUUGGGCGCCAAAUGGUUCACACACGUUUAUGGAACUUGGAGGAACAUACAAUAACGGCGUGGCCAUCCAUCGUCGCAAUUGCGAUCAGAAAGCCGAGUCGUUGGUGUGCAACAAUGAUCACACUAUCAAGAUUUUGAACCUCGACGAUAAAUCAUUAACAAACCUGCUUUACUUUCCUGUCAACAUGAAUCACGCUAGCGUGAGCAAUGAUGGCCGGUUUAUGGUGUGUGUUGGCGAUUCACCAGACGUUUUUAUUUAUGACAUAGAUCGUUCCGGUUCUUUUCAUCAUCAAAGCACUUCGCGGGCCGACACGCACGAAGGAUCUUUUUGUACCUCCAUUUCUGCUGACAACAGACUGAUUGCGUGUGCGAGUGAAGAUUCUACCAUAAGCAUAUUUGAUAUUCGUCAACUUGGUCGCGUUUUGGAAAGCCGUAGCUGCCAGCGGCCGAGUCCUUUUGGAAGUAUACGAAGUUGUCACUUCAGCCCACCUAAUGCGGGCCCCUUAGACUUGUUAUUGUACUCUGAAGGAUACAACAUUGUUCACCUGUUGGAUACUCGUAAUUUUUGCGAAAAAACUUUCUCCAUCCAGGCUCUGGAAAGCACUACCAUAGGUGCGAACGUCGAGGUGUCGGGAACAUGCUUUUCGGACGAUGGAUCUCGUUUGUACGUGGCUUCUCCAUCCUGCAUAUACGAAUGGGAUAUUGAGAAGCGGAAUCGACUCUGUUUUCCAAGUUUUGACAUGGCCUAAUGAACGUAUUCCUCCGUCCACACCUCCUCAGUUUGCAUGUUUCUCUCUCACAACCUCUCUCCUUUUUCCUCGUCUGUGCGGCGAUAUACGAUGAUGGCAAUAAUAAGAACCGGCUGCCUAAUGACUUGCUGGUCCGUUAAUGUUCCUUUUUUGUUUUAAAGCGAUUGGUAGUCCGUUUCUUGUUUUAUGUACAUAGGCAAUUAUCUGUCAAUGUGUUUCGUAAUGAAUUUUAUUAUUACAAAAGUAAACGCGUUGAACGGGCCGGUUGUUAAGAGGACGCGGAUGCUGCUAUAGAAAUGCCAUCUGUCAACAAUGCAUAGCCUGC